AUGAGCGCCGACCCAUCGCCUCAGCCGCCCUCCAAUCUCAAGCUCCUGUUGAUCGGCAACUCCAGCGUCGGCAAAUCCUCUCUUCUACUCCGGUUCACGGACGAUGACUUUCUCAGCGAGGAGGAAACCGCCGCCACCAUCGGCGUCGACUUCAAGGUUAAGAGCGUAGAAGUCGAUGGCCGAAGGUACAAGCUUAGCAUCUGGGACACUGCCGGCCAAGAACGGUUCCGAACCCUCACGUCGAGCUACUAUCGUGGAGCCCAGGGCGUCAUUCUCGUCUAUGAUGUCACACAGCGCAACACCUUUGACGAGCUGAUCAAGUGGUUCCGCGAGAUUGACACGUACUGUGCCGAGGACGUUGUCAAGAUCAUUGUCGGAAACAAGGUCGACAAGGUAACGUUGGUGGCGAUAAGGCGAGCUGACGAAUCUCAGGAGUUCACGCGCCAGGUUACAACCGAAGAGGGCCAGGCGUUCGCCGAUCGCAUGGGCACUCUCUUCAUGGAGUGCUCCGCGAAGACUCGGGUCGGUGUCAACGACGCCUUCCAGGUACUUGUGCGGCGGAUCCUGGAGACUCCGUCCCUUUGGACUCGGGGACCCCAGCCUGUCCGAACGCCGAACGUGCAGUUGCAGGAGGACGCCCCUGGUUACCUCAGCGGCUGUAGUUGUUAG